AUGGCCAUUACGAUCAUCAGGAAGCGCCGUCGACGCCUUGCCGCCCUGCCACUUGUUAUGUCGGAUGUCAUUUCUAUCGGCAGUGGUAAGCCAGAGACGCCGCCAAAGGUUACGCAGGACGCGUUAGAUCGGUCCCGCAUGCUGGGCAUCAGCCUCGAUUUUGUAAUCGAUGUCUUCCCUGACGAAGCUCGAGAGAUGAAGGGACGCCUCCUCAGACACUCGCUGACAAAGCCAAACAGAACAACACGUGAUGAGUCUUUCUUGAACAAGGUCUUAGAGGCGGACGAGGGGGGCGGCGAUGUAUAUAACCUCAAUUUCAGUGAGCUUGCAGAGAUUGUCGCGCAUGGCGAAAUGGCCUAUGGUAAAGGGAUUCCAUGCCCACGAGAUGGAAAACUUGAUUGCAGUAUCGUCGACGCAGUCCACAGCAGGGGGGCAAGCAGUAGGGCAACAGUAUUCUUAUCUUGGGUUUGGGGGUACAAGUUGAGUCUGGUGUUGAGUGCUCUGCGCAAGUACCGUUCGAGGCAGACGAAUCCGGAGGAGUGUUUCAUAUGGUGGUGCUUUUUCCAAAACAAUCAGUUUCGCAUUCUUGGAGAUAAUCAGCCUCAAGACUUCUUCACCCUGAAGGCAAUCUUUGGAACGCAGCUGCGGAACGUCGGAAAGAUGGUCGCUAUGAUGGAUCGGGUGACGGAUUCUAAGUUUUCUUCGAGAUUGUGGUGCCUCUUCGAGGUCUACACGGUCUCCGCAGAAGCGAUACCGUUCGAGGUAGUCUUGCCAGAAGAGGCGUCCGUGGAGAUCGAUUUUUUGCUCAAGGGGGGGUUGGGCCAGCUGAAGUCCGCAAUCAAGGUCGAAGCACGAAAGGCCAGCUCAUCCUUCAUCGACGAUGAGAAUCACAUCUUAGAUCAUGAUCGAAAGCUUACCCGGCGACUACAACACACUGGACAUGGCUGUGCGCAACGAGUUGCGGCGGGUUGUCGAGGCUGA